CGAGAAACCGCCACCUGCCAGUGCGCCUGAUCAUUCAAGUUACAGCACAACCUCCUCUUACGACUGGACAUCUUCCUAUCUCGUUUCCAAUCAAAUGAUGACGUGCACAUGCUUGCUGGGUGAUGUCCAUGAUGCUGUUCUCAAUUCAACGUUGUUAGGGCUUGAGUUCGCCCCGUCUACUUACAUACCCCGAGAUAUGUAAACUAUCAAACUAGGGAUCGGGACUGGACGCCUUUAUCGCACGACUCUAUCUGCUAAUGGCUGUUGUCGUCCCUGAUUCCGGCAGACAAGACACUGAAAUAUCGAGCACUGGUGCUUGCCC